GGAUCAGUACCUUUCAAUAGUCCCUACGAAAAUCUUUGCCAAUCACAAGCUGAAUCCUUCAAAUAUUCCAAUUCAUGUGAAUUAAUUCUAUUUUCACCAUCUGUUUAGAUAUUCUGUGCAAUAGCCAAACCUCUGUGUCUUCCAACUUCUGUUUCUUUCUCCAGGAUGCAACUUCGUUUCAGCGUCUCCGUUUCCUUUUUAAUCAUUUCGAUUACCCUAUAUCGAAUUCCAAUUUGCUUCUGUGCUGAGUAUGAGGCAUCCUGCCGUUCUUCAUUUGAUUGUGCAAAUCUCAAACACCUGGGCUAUCCUUUCUGGGGAUCGGAAAGACCAGACUAUUGUGGCCACCCAAAAUUUGAACUAGAUUGCGAUGGUGAAUAUGCAGAAAUCACCAUCAAGUCCGAGAGCUAUCGAGUUCUUGAAGUCAAUUAUGCUGAUUAUAGUCUUAGAGUUGUGAGAACUGACUUCUGGAAUAAUACUUGUCCAAUCUAUUUGAGGAACAAUUCCAUAGAUCUCACUUUCUUUAAUUAUAGUUUGGACUCUCGUGACCUGACACUAUACUACGAUUGUCCUUCCCCUCCAUUUUCUCUCCCGUAUAUGCGCCCCACUCGGUUUAAUUGCAGUAUAAAUAGCACCGAAAUAGUUGACUAUUUCCUUCUGGCGGGCGGAGGUUAUGGGACCUCUGAAAUCGAACAAACAGGGGCCUGCAGAUCUACUAUCAUUGUUCCAAUUUUGGGGUCACAAGCCAGAAUUUUAGAGAAAGAUUCAAGUGUGGAAAAUAUGAAGACUGCUAUUCAUAAAGGCUUUAAAUUGGCAUGGGAGGCAAAUAAUACUCUGUGCUCUGCUUGUCGAAACUCCGGUGGGCAAUGCGGUUAUAACACAAACUCAGGUGAAUUCACUUGCUAUUGCAAAGACGGAACUGUUCCAUCUGCAUGUGGAUCAAGUAAGUACCAGUGUUCUAGUAAUUCAUACCAAUAUAUGCAGUGCACAGAUACAGGAUAAAGAACUGCGACACGACAAAACAUGUAAUGUCGUGUAAUUUGAAGAGUUGUCUCCGGACA